AUGAUUGGCGUCGCCGCGCCAUGGCAAGAGAAACUUCUCAGCUCCGCUGCAGGUGGGAGGAGCGGCUCUUCCUUCGGCAAAGAGAAGUUGGAGAAGCUGAUGCACGCGCCGCCUGCAGGUGCUCGCAUAGCAGCCGCUGCAUCCAGCUCACUGUUCGUUGCUGGUUAUGCCAGAGGGCGCAAGCAAGUUUGGUGGCAGGAGACCUCCUGCUGCAACACUCCGGGCAGGUACUGCUGCGGCAAAUCUGGUGAUAAUGAUCACAACGGCUGGUCCUUGGCUUCGGAACGAGUGCAGGUUUUGGCGCUUCUUGUGCUGGCCUGCGUCGCAAAUCAGGCAUGCCGAGCCCUUCCGUUCUACUUGGUGGAUUUCGCUCCCGACGCGCAGGCGGAUCGAGCCAUGAACCAGGACUUAGCCUUCAGCUCGGCCGAUUACGGCCUUCUCGCAACACUGGGAUUCACAAUCCCGUUUACCGUCGCCUCGCUCUGGGCCGGGGUCGCAGCGGAUAGCGUCGAUCGCUUUCGCUUGACUGCGGCAGCGGGGAUUUGCUGGUCGAUUGCCACGGCCAGCAUGGCAUCGGCCACAUCCUACAACAUGCUGCUGUUCCAGCGGGCCUUGCUGGGACUUUUCCAGGCUGCCACAAAUCCUGCGGCGCUCUCUGUCAUCUCGGAGCUUUUCCCAGACGCACGAGCGACCGCGAACUCUAUCUUCGGGUUGGGGAUCUAUAUUGGCGGGGCGGUGGCCUCCCUCGGUGCAGCCGUCGAUGAGAGAGAAGGGUGGAGAACGGCCUGCUUGGGCUUUGGCUUCGUCAGUGCCUUGGCAUCCUUGCCGCUCCUCUUCCGAAGCGAGGCCUCCGGGCCAUCCAAAGAGGGAGCGCGGUGGCCAACAGAUCCCUUCGCGCAACUGCAAUCAAAGGUGGUGGCGCUGCCUGGCGAAGCGCUGAGCGUCAUCACAAAAUCUUCGGAGGCCGUGUCCGAACCCUCUGCACGCUGGCUGCUCCUCGCGUCGACUCUUCGUUUCAGCGCAGGAUUCGCCAUCUUGGUGUGGCUGCCCACAGCCAUCCGAGCAUCAUUCCCGAAUGAUGUGGAGCAGUUUGCAGUGAUCAAUUCCCUCAUCAAGGCAUUCGCUGGUGGUGCCUCUUCGCUAGCAGGAGGCGUCACGGCCGAUGGUCUCCGCGCAAGAGGCUUUGGUGAUCAGGCCGCGGCAUUAUUCUGUGGCGUCACGAGCCUGGCGUCCGCACCCCUGUGGUAUUGCACGCUGGGUGAAGGACUGAGCUUCGAAACUUGCAUGGGUUUUCUCCUGGUCGAGUACCUGGUUGCAGAAAGUUGGCUCGGGCCAGCAAUAUCUGCACUGCAGGGUGCAGUGUCGGUCGGCCAGCGCGGGACCGCGCAGGGCGUAUUUUCGUCGUUGACCGCGUUAGGCAAUGGUCUCCCUGUGGUUUUGGGCCUCUUGGCACCUGAAGACCUGGCCAAGGGCCUCCAGGUAAGCGUGAGCGUAUGUUACCUACUCAGUGGGCUGUCCUUUCUCAUGGCUUCUGCGAACCUGAAGGACCCCUCUGCGGAAAGCACGGCGUACGAGUGA